AAUAAUUCCUUUAAAUUAGAUUUUUUUUGGGUUGGAAAAGAUCACACCACACCAUUCUCCUCUCCUCCUCGGUGGUGUGAAAGAUGGUUUUGGGAAGUCAGAAAAUGGAUAUCCCAACCCACACAACCGAAAAUGGCUCCACUUUAAUGGAUUCAGGACAAUCCCGUCUUAGAGAGCUUGGUUACAAGCAAGAGCUUAAGCGUGAUCUCUCGUUGUUUGCAAAUUUUGCUUUUUCAUUCUCCAUCAUAUCUGUGCUCACGGGUGUCACCACCCUUUACAACACGGGGUUGAGGUUCGGGGGACCUGUUUCUCUGGUUUAUGGUUGGUUUGUGGUGGGCGCUUUCACCAUGUGUAUUGGGUUUUCAAUGGCUGAGAUUUGUUCUGCUUAUCCAACAUCGGGUGGUCUCUACUAUUGGAGUGCUAAACUUGCUGGCCCAAAUUGGGCACCUUUUGCUGCAUGGCUCACUGGAUGGUUCAAUAUAGUUGGUCAGUGGGCUGUUACAGCAAGUGUCGAUUUCUCUCUUGCACAGUUGAUUCAGGUGAUCAUUCUCCUUAGCACUGGUGGAAAAAAUGGUGGUGGGUAUGAUGCAUCAAAAUAUGUAGUUAUUGGUCUACAUGGGGGAAUUUUGCUGCUACAUGCCAUCAUUAACAGCCUUCCCAUCUCAGUGUUAUCCUUCUUUGGCCAGGUCGCUGCUGCAUGGAAUCUUUUAGGUGUUUGUGUUCUAAUGGUUCUCAUUCCUUGCAUUGCAACGGAGAGGGCUAGUGCCAAGUUUGUGUUCACUUACUUCAACACUGAUAAUGGCGAAGGAAUAAGCAGUAAAGUCUACAUUUUUGUUCUUGGACUUCUAAUGAGUCAAUAUACUCUUACGGGGUAUGAUGCAUCUGCUCAUAUGACAGAGGAAACCAAAGAUGCUGAUAAGAAUGGUCCAAAAGGAAUAAUUAGUUCCAUUGGGAUAUCUAUUAUUUUUGGAUGGGGUUACCUACUUGGUAUCACCUUUGCAGUUACCAAGAUCCCAUAUCUCUUGAGUGAAGACAAUGAUGCCGGUGGUUAUGCAAUUGCCGAAAUAUUUUACCUUGCGUUCAAGAGCAGAUAUGGCAGUGGGGUUGGGGGAAUCAUUUGCUUAGGAGUCGUUGCUGUUGCCAUAUUUUUCUGUGGUAUGAGUUCUGUCACUAGCAACUCAAGGAUGGCAUAUGCAUUCUCUAGAGAUGGAGCCAUGCCGUUAUCAAAUUUGUGGCACCAAGUAAACAAGCAGGAGGUUCCCAUAAAUGCUGUUUGGCUCUCUGCAUUUGUAUCAUUUUGCAUGGCAUUAACGUCUCUUGGAAGUCUAGUGGCAUUUCAGGCCAUGGUGUCCAUUGCAACUAUCGGGCUAUACAUUGCUUAUGCCCUACCAAUCUUCUUUAGGGUGACUUUGGCAAGGAAAUCCUUCGUUCCAGGACCUUUCAACCUGGGUCGCUAUGGAAUACUGGUUGGUUGGAUUGCAGUCCUCUGGGUUAUAACCAUCUCAGUUCUCUUCUCAUUGCCUGUGGCCUACCCCAUUACCUCUGAGACACUCAACUACACUCCUGUUGCUGUAUGUGGCUUGCUCAUUCUUACUGUUUCUUCUUGGAUAUUUAGUGCCCGCUACUGGUUUAGAGGUCCUAGAACCAAUGUAGAUCCCUGAAAACUAAUCUCUUAAGAUGUAUACCUUAAUUAUUUGAGAAGGGAGGAUUUUUUACGAAUAAUCUUUAGCACUUUGAUUUAUAUAAAAUUUCUUCAGUUAAAAAUUUAGUUAUGUCCAGCACGAUGUAUUCAUUUUCCUCUUUCCAUUUGUUGUCUUAAAUUGCAAUUAAAUAAACGCUACUGUUUUAA